UCGCGCAUGCGCGCUGGCGGCUGGACGUGUCGGCGGCGGCCGCGGAGCGCGAGCGGCCGGAGUCCGCGGCAACAACAACAACAACAACAACAACCGCCGCCGCCAUCAACAACAACAACAACAACAACAAGGAGGCGGCGGGGGUGGCCGUCACACGGCAAACGGGUCCCCCCCCCUCCUCCUGUUGAACGCCGGCCCGGCCCGGCCGCAAGCCCGGGGAGGGGAGGGAGGGCGGCCGGCCGGGCGGGGGGGGGGGGGGGGGCGGCGGAGGCCUGGCCCGCUCCGCCGCACCGGGGCCGGCUGAGGCGAGGGAAGGCUUCCUCCCCCCCCCCCCCCCACCACCCACCACCGCCACCCCCCGUCCUGUCACCGCCGCCGCCGCCGCCGCCCCUCCUCUCCUCACCACAGCCGCAGGCCGCGCCCGGAGAGCGGCCGCUCCGCCGCCGCCCGCGGCCCAGGUUUUACCAAGAGACAGUACAUCUAACACUUAACUUGGAUCAUCUCUUGUUCAUCAGCUUGAAAAUCAUAACAGCCCCCCAAACUGACAUUUGAUCUGAAAGAAAAAGCUGUGACAAAUGGACAAUAUGUCUAUUACUAACACGCCAACAAGUAAUGAUGCUUGUCUGAGCAUUGUUCACAGCUUGAUGUGCCAUCGACAAGGUGGAGAGAGUGAAACUUUUGCAAAACGCGCAAUUGAAAGUUUAGUUAAAAAGCUAAAGGAGAAAAAAGAUGAAUUGGAUUCUUUGAUUACAGCUAUAACCACAAAUGGAGCUCAUCCUAGCAAGUGUGUUACAAUACAGAGAACGCUGGAUGGGAGGCUUCAGGUGGCUGGUCGCAAGGGAUUCCCUCAUGUGAUUUACGCUCGUCUUUGGAGGUGGCCUGAUCUUCAUAAAAAUGAACUCAAGCAUGUUAAAUAUUGUCAGUAUGCUUUUGACUUAAAAUGUGACAGUGUCUGUGUAAAUCCUUACCAUUAUGAGCGUGUAGUAUCGCCUGGCAUCGAUCUCUCAGGACUGACACUACAGAGUUCUGCUCCAUCAAGCAUGUUGGUGAAAGACGAAUACGUUCAUGACUACGAGGGGCAGCCGUCAUUGUCUUCUGCUGAAGGCCAUUCAGUCCAAACCAUCCAGCAUCCACCAAGUAACAGGGCAUCUACAGAGCCUUAUAGCACCCCAGCCAUGUUAGCUCCUACUGAGGCUAGCACUACCAGCACCACUAAUUUUCCCAACAUUCCUGUGGCUUCAACAAGUCAACCUACCAGUAUAUUGACAGGUAGCCAUAGUGAUGGACUCUUACAGAUUGCUUCAGGGCCUCAGCCAGGAACUCAGCAGAAUGGGUUUACAGCUCAGCCAGCUACUUACCAUCACAAUAGUACUACAACUUGGACUGGAAGUCGGACAGCAGCCUACACACCUACCAUACCUCACCACCAGAAUGGCCAUCUUCAGCAUCAUCCACCUAUGCAUCCUGGACAUUACUGGCCAGUUCACAACGAACUUGCAUUCCAGCCUCCUAUAUCAAAUCAUCCUGCUCCAGAAUAUUGGUGUUCAAUCGCAUAUUUUGAAAUGGACGUGCAAGUUGGGGAAACGUUUAAGGUCCCUUCAAGCUGUCCAAUUGUUACUGUUGAUGGAUAUGUGGAUCCUUCUGGAGGAGACCGUUUUUGCCUGGGCCAGCUUUCCAACGUGCAUAGAACAGAAGCCAUUGAGAGAGCAAGGUUGCACAUAGGUAAAGGGGUGCAGUUGGAGUGCAAAGGAGAAGGUGACGUGUGGGUUAGAUGCCUCAGCGACCAUGCGGUCUUCGUUCAGAGUUACUACCUGGAUAGAGAAGCAGGGCGCGCACCAGGGGAUGCUGUUCACAAGAUUUACCCAAGUGCAUACAUAAAGGUGUUUGAUUUACGCCAAUGUCAUCGUCAGAUGCAACAGCAGGCUGCCACUGCCCAAGCUGCUGCCGCUGCUCAAGCUGCAGCAGUAGCCGGAAACAUCCCUGGACCAGGAUCAGUAGGUGGAAUAGCCCCAGCCAUUAGUUUGUCAGCUGCUGCUGGAAUUGGUGUAGAUGACCUUCGCCGCUUAUGCAUACUCAGGAUGAGUUUUGUAAAAGGUUGGGGACCUGAUUACCCAAGACAGAGCAUCAAAGAGACACCGUGCUGGAUUGAAAUUCACUUACACCGUGCCCUCCAGCUUCUAGAUGAAGUACUUCAUACCAUGCCUAUUGCAGACCCACAACCUUUAGACUGAGAUCCCUCUGCUGCACUGCUGUGGGCCAUUAUAUUGUGAGGAUGGUGGAUUGUAAAAUACAAUUCUGUUUAUAACCUGAAGAUAUAUUUUACUUUUGUUCUGCUUAAUCUUCUAAAACCAGGUUUUAAAAAUGUGUUUGCCGCCUUGCUCUUAGCAGAAAGAAACUGAACAUGCAGAAUUUGGAUUUCAGUUAUUUUCAGAACUUAAUUGUCAUAAUACAUGGCUCAGGGCUUAAAUUGAAAGGUAAACGCCUUAUAGAGACUUUACAGAAUUGGGUUUGUUCCCUUCGAAACUUUUCUUCUCUAUUAUGGCAUCUUGGUGAUAAGCCUCACAGGAGCCUUUUGUAUGCAGAAUAUAUAUUAUAUAUAUAUUUAUAUCUGAAAAUUCCUUCUAAUAGUUACAAACAUUUACCUUAUAGCAACUUUAAAAUUCCAACUGAUUUGUGAUGUUCUUUUUAGGGAACAAUAGUUAACAGAAGACUUCUUUAUUUUGUUGACUAUCUUGUUAUGAUUUUUCCAGAUUAAAAUGUAGAAGCUGCCAAAAAGUGAGGGAUGAGACAUACGUUGUUGGCAUUGAUUAAAAAUAGCAAGGAAAAGAAAUGUGGCUUUUCCUUCACUAGUUUUUAAAAAAGAUAUCUUAGAUUUUUAUUUAUAUAGACACGUGAGUUUUAAAACACUAAAGGAAAUGGAUACUUUCAGUGCUGGCACUCAAUUUAAAUAUAACAUGAAAUACCCAGUCUGCAAAGUUGCCACUGAAAUUGCAUAAUGAGCACCUAAUGACAGGAACAUAUUUUCAUAACUACUACUGACUUCUAUGAUUUUACUCAAGUAAAACUUGGCAGGUAUUUUAAAAAGUUGCAUGACUCUUUUUACUUGCAUAUACCAUUAAAUCAUGUAUAAUAUUACAUCAAUAUUUAGGAUCCAGUUUUUGUAUCUGUUCACCAUUUCCACUCAGGGCAAGAUGGCAAACUUGUUUUUAUACCUCUUGGUUAUUUUAAGCCCUAUGCCAUCAAUGACCGUAUCAAUUGGCAAUGACUUUGUAUAGAGAAUUUAUAGUAGAAAAAAUGCAAAUGUAUUGACUGUAUGACAGAUACAAUAUGUAUGCUUUCUCUCUAGUUAAUAGUAUAAAUAAAAUUAUGAAAACCCUGAUUUUUAUAAAUUUAGUUUGCUUCUAUUAUGUAAUUCUGUACCUUGAAACCAUUGAUCUUGAGUGAUGGAUUACUUUCUUUGCAAGAUGAGCAGCAGCAGCCAACAGUGGUAGGAAUUUUUGUUGGUUUAAACUUGCCAGGAAGCAAGUCCAAUUUUUCUUACUUUCACUGCUUCUCAAUAAAAGCAUGUCCUGAGGAUAUCUCUUUUGGCUAUUUGAUGGGGUAGGAAGAGGGAGCAGGAAUUCCUUAUUUUUCAGCAGGUGUGUAGGGAGUUGGAGCUUAGUUAAACAGGCUUAGAAGUACAUAGACUCCAACUUAAGUCCUUCAAGCGCUGCCAGUUCGGUCUGCCUGCCGUGCUGUACUGAGCCGACCUGGCAGCACAGUUGUAGUGGUUAACACAAGUAGAAGUCUUGGAAGAGAUUAUUCAGAACCUUUUUGCCAAGUUUCUUGCAUAGUUUCAGGAAUCUGUAGAGGGCUGUGACAUGCAGUGUUUAGGUAUUGCUUCCCCCAUACGCUGAAAUUCUUACAGAAGAAGUCAGCAAGUCAUUGUUUCGGUCAUGGGUGUGGAAGCACAGAGGACAGAUGACUUCGGAGUGAUGGCCACAAAUGGAUGAGUUUUUAGUGUAUUUACAUUAACAGUGUUGCCUUCUUCAGACUAACUUGUAAUGAGAUCACUUUUCUUUCCUUGUAUGUGGCAACUUCUUGAUGUUUGGAAAAAUAGUGUUUGCUUUCAGUUAAAAACCUUUUUCAUUUUCCUUUGUCUCCUAAUGAUCCAGUUUGUCCGAAAAGCAAGCUUCUUCAGAUUCGUGAGGAACACUUCCAGUAGAGGAUUCUGACUACAUCCUCAGAGAAGCUUAUUAACCAGCGGCUCGGUUACGCUUCAUCCACAACGGAAAACUUGCUUUGGGGGAAGAAAUGAAAAGCCUGGCUACAGAUUCUUCUUGCCAACCUCCCUUUUGAAUUGUCUGCCCUGCUCUUACUGCCGGGUUCGAGGUGCCUCAGCUUUUGGGAAGUAUCUAGCUUCUGAUGACUGAUCUGUAUAUGGCUACUUCACAGAAAACCCUCUGUUCCAGUUGCUUACGUUUUGAUUGUGCCGAACUUUGAUAAAAUAGUGAAAGAUUGCUUCUGCCUGUUGGUGUUCUUGCCUGUAUUACAGUCUGAAAAAAUUUAGCUGUUAAGACUAGGGUUUUUUGCAGAUGUUUUGCAAGCCCCCUUAAGUCUCUAUCUACAGUGAAUGGUACCUACAGUGUAGUAUUUAGAUGGCCAAAACCAUUCAGAGUAGAACAACGAAAUAGUGUCAGAUGAGUUUAUCAGAACCAAGAAGUCACAGGCCCCACGUCAGGAGAAACCUGAACAUUGUGUGAGGCAGUAAAAAUACUGAAAUGGCAUUCAUCUUAUCCACCGGGCAGUUACCGGUAAGAUGCAAUUGUAACAGUUAAAGGGCAAAAUGAGACAAUCUCAUUCUCAGUUUUUAAUAUGCCUUUAACUUAAUUUUUAUACUUUUAUGACAAGGCAUAAAAGGCAGUGCAUAAUGGAUUGGAAACCCUUCAGCAGCAGCAGCACAUUGAAUCUUUGACAGGCUUGCAUUUAUGUCUAUUUCUGAGAUUCAAAAAAGAGCUACAGCUCCUUGACAGCCAUGACGAUCCCCAUACGCACCGUAGGCAGGGAUGUCAAGAAUGCCAGAAUCGCAUCUCCUCUUCAGCUCUGACUGUCUCAAACUCAGUGAAUUCAACAAGUAUUUUUUCAGCUAGCAAUCCCUUCCUUGCAGUCCUGUUCCCAUCUCUACUCCGCUUAGUUCUUUCAAUGAAGUAAUUACCCCUGUCUUUGUCACCCUCAGUUAUGUACUCCUCAA